CAAAACAGCACUCAUUCGAAUCAGUGAUUUAUUUGCAUAACAAAAGACGUCAACCACAAAACGUCACACCUCGUAAUCGUUUGGGUCUAACUUUAUCCCAAUUGCGAUCAAUGCGCGCUGUCAGUGCUAACCGUUGUGUGCGAGCCAGCUGAUCUCUCGUCAGUGUUCGAUGGUGUUUACAGAGUGCAGACGACGCAACGCAAACGAGCUAGUUUUAGAGCUAGGAGAAGGAGAGAGAGAAGAAGUCCACCGGCUAUUCUUUAUUUGGAAAAACGAGAUAGAGACAUGGUGCGCACUUGUGCCUAUCCAGGCUGUACCAACAAAGAUGAGAGUGGGUCUCCUCAAACUUUCCACCGAUUCCCUUUGGCGAAUGUAGCUUUGAGGAGACUUUGGCUACUUUCUCUGGGCUUGAACGUGGAGCACACCCAACUACCGAAGAUGAGAAAGCUUCGCGUGUGCAGUGACCACUUCAGCGAGGACGACUAUCUUCCAGAAGGACAGACAAAGAAACGUAUUUUGAAGAGCACUGCUGUACCUGCACCCCAGGAUUCCACUCCUGCUGCAAUGGCUGAACCAGCACAGUUCGCAGAAGACGUCGAAGUCCCAGAAGAGGAGGGAGCAUUUGCCGGACUCCCUCAGUCAACCCCAGUAAAAUCCCGAUUUCGCCAUGAUCAACUGAUGAUGGUUCUCACCAGUCCACCAGAAACGGGUCCAAGAACAAAGCCUUCCACAUCUGGCACCUACAUAGCCAAGCCAUAUAUAGCCAUAGCCAUAGCCAUAACCAAGAUUUGGUGGAGAAGGUCAUCCAACGACGGCUUGACACCAAUGUGAAGCUCAGAGACCCAGCUUUCCACAUACAUCCUCCAGUCAUCAUACCAGCCAACAUUGCCCCAACACCAAAGCCAAACAAGGCUGAAUUGGUUUCAGCACACAAAUCACGCUUUCAUCAGACACCUGCCACUGAGAAAGAUGACUGAGACUGUAUAUACAUAUAUUGUCAUAGAAGUGUGUUUAUU